UGGUCUGGUGAAGCUGGUGUGAAGUUUUCUUGUUUGAGAUAAUAGACUUCGCGUGGGGGGAGCUCGGCACCCCGAUUAAACACGUAGUGAUAAAGAGGGGGUCUGAUAACCGGGAAAGUAAACAGCGCCCUCCCUGCCCAAGAACUUACGGUGCCCGGCCCACUACUGUUGGUCCUGAAGCUGCUUUGCUCAGUCGACAUCCUUCCCUGCUACAGGCUACUCGCAGGCUGGUGACGCGUCCGGUCUGUUGUGUUUCUGUGCUCAAUCCACCUGUUGAAAAUGGUAGAAACUAUUGGAAUUUUGGGGAGUGGUCUCAUUGGUCGCAGCUGGGCUAUGCUCUUUGCAGGUGCCGGCUAUAAAGUGCGCCUUUUUGACAUACAGCCUACUCAGGUCCAAGGUGCAUUGAAAGACAUUGAAACGCAAUUAAAUGAACUGGAGAAAGCAAACCUGAUUCGAGGCUCUAGGACGGCGAAGGAACAAAUUUCUCUGAUAUCAGGCACUUCUAGCCUUGAAGAAUGUGUUGCGGGAGCUUUACUUGUCCAAGAAUGUACGCCUGAGUUUCUUGACAUUAAACUGAAAGCACUGAAGGAGCUCGAUGCAGUGGUGCAAGCACCAACUAUAAUUUCCAGCUCUACUUCAACCCAUUUGCCAUCAGUUCUAAGCAAAGAUUUAAAAAACAAAGAAAGAUUUAUUGUCUCUCACCCUGUGAAUCCUCCAUACUAUGUUAAGUUAGUUGAGAUUGUGCCUGCACCUUACACUGAAAGCUGGGUGCCACCAAAAGUACGUUCUAUCAUGGAAGAGCUUGGCCAAGUUCCAGUCUCUCUCAAGAAGGAAGUCCCUGGAUUUUCUUUAAAUCGAAUUCAAUAUGUCAUCCUCAACGAGGCAUGGAGACAAGUGGAGGACGGUGUCCUCGACGUGGCUGAUGUUGACAAAGUGAUGUCUGAGGGCCUAGGUCCCAGAUACGCAUUUUUGGGAGCUUUGGAGGUGGCACACCUGAAUGCUGAAGGAAUGGAAAAUUACUGCGAACGUUAUGCUCCCACAAUUCACUCUGUCAGCCAAACAAUUGGGCCUAUACCGCAUUUGCUGAACGAAACUCAUAAGACUGUGCACAAGCAGCUCUGUGACGUCACUCCUUUAGAUAAACUUCAGGAACGAAGACAAUGGAGAGAUGCUUGUCUAACGAAGUUAUCAGUACUUAAGCAGCAGAUGGAAGCAAUCCCCAACAAGGGUGUGGUCAGUAAGAAGUAGUUGCUACUGGAUAACACAGGAUUAUGUUUCCUGAAACCAGUGAAGCCAAUCAAGGAUAUUUUAUACCAUUUUGAAUAAAGUAACUGAACAGUUUCAAGUCUUAAUUUAGUCUAAUUGAGAUGUAAGGUGCUGGGUGUGUGACAUGUUUACACAAAUUUGCAAGUUGAUGGUACUGUUAAUUUUUAACAGAAUACACUUUUCUGAAGAACUGUCAUUGCAGCAAAUAUUGCUUGUGGUUGCUAGAAUGUGUAAAUAAACUGGUCACUACUGA